CCGGGGUGUAUUUAACUAUUUAUUUCAGACUGCAACUAGGAAUCUUCUUUACUUGCGUUAUACGCUUUUAAGCGCGUUUGCGUUCCCGUGUGCUCUGAAGCUGUAGUUUGAGCUAGGUAUUUAGAAGCAUCGAUAUGCUUCGCAGCCGUAGCUUUGGGUUGUCGCUACCGACUACGCGUCGUCAAGUGCUCUCUGACUGUUUUCGCCGACAUGCUGGUCAUAACAAAUGGUCCAAAAUAAAACGAGACAAGGCAAUGACGGAUUUCAAGAGAGGUACUAUCUUCUCCAAACUCACCAAGCAGCUGAGUCUCGCCAUGAAAGAUAGCAAUAACAACAAAGACGAUGACCGAUUCAAGAACGCCAUGCAGCGGUGUAGAGAGGCGCAGGUGCCGAAGGCGUUGAUAGACCGCACGCUGAGCAAGGCAACUACGGGAAGAACUGAUCCCGUCAUAUAUGAAGCAAGAGGUCCUGGGGGAGCUUUACUAUACGUAGAUUGUUUGACAGACAGCAAAGGACGCACGAAUAUCGAGAUCAAAAAGAUCCUCACCAAAAAUGGAGCCCAAAUAGCCACUCCCAAUUCGUUGGCCUUCAUGUUCGAAAAGCGCGGGUUCAUGAUCGUGGACCAAUCAGCUGACAAUGCACUUGAGGCGGCCAUUAAUGCGGGUGCGGAUGAUGUCGAGGAAUGCGACGAGGGCGAGGAGAGUGCUAUGGUGAUUUGCCAACCCGAAGAACUCUACAGAGUGAAGUCAGCGCUAGAGGCAUCGGGAAUGUCUGUGACAGAUUGCCGACUCACGUAUCAACCCACUUCGCUUACGGAACUGGAUGCCGAAGAUCAACUUCAGCUGAAUGAUCUGGUCGAGCUCCUGGAAGAGCAUGAUGAUGUCUUGGAGGUGUACACUAACACGUAGCCGCGUGCGAUGGGCCUACCAACCCUGCACACAUGAGGAACACAUGAAAAUUAAAGGAUACGCACACUCCUGUAUUGGCCUAUCUGGAGUCUUGUUCUGUAUGCGAGUUAUUCGGUGCUGUGAUGUAUCGUGAUGCUGUGUUCUCGUGGCGCAACCGUACAGCUAGUUUGAACCCAGCAUUUUUUUAUUAGAACACCGUGGAAAAGGCUAUUGAGGAACUAAAUACACCGA